AUGACACUCUUCUACUCUCUGCCCUCAGGGUCUCGGUCUGGACCCCAGCUCGCGGUAAGAGCCUCCAAGGGCGACACCCCCGACGACAUCCCAGAGUACUUCCGUGCUGAGGCGACGAAGCCUGUUACCCAAGAGCAACAGUACCAAUCGGUGUCGUCGACCUACCGUCCAGCCCCUGGACCCCAGUCGAGUGCUGGAUCUCAGAUCCCUCCCCUGGUCUGGGUGGGAGUCGGCGUCGUGGUGGCCACCCUGGUCAAGCCCGUGCUCAACUUCUUCACCGGCGGCCCAGCCAAGCUGCAGCAGCUGGCCAUGGAGCAGGCCAUGAAGCAGAUGAUGAAGCAGGCCGGCAAUGGCCAGGGCGCCAGCCCCUUUGGCCCCGCCGGCAGCCCCUUUGGCGCCGGCCCGGCCAGCCCCUUUGGGGCGGGGGCCGGCGGCAUGCCUGCAGGCUUCCCCUCCUUCCCCACCAUGCCCCCCACCCCGGCCCCUGCGGCGCCCACGACUGUCGACACCACGGCCACCACCAGUCAGACCGCCAGCACCGCAACCCCUCCGGCGCCGGCGACCAGCGAUGCGCCUGCGCCGAAGCGCGCAGCAUUCGUGGACGUGACCCCCUCUGCCGCCGCGGGUCGAGAGGUGGACUCCUCGGAGAUCUCGGACCUGAGGCCUGGUGCCGAGACCGGUGCGGUGCCCAGCGGCAGCGCCGGGGCCGAGGCCGGGGUGGCGGCCGGCCAAGGCCCCUCCAGUUCGGCAGGCGCGGGCCCCAGCGGCGAGUCUGUGGUGGACAUGCUGCGGAACCCGGAGAUGCAGAAGACGUUGUACCCCUACCUCCCGGAGCACAUGCGGAACCCGCAGACUUUCGAGUUCAUGCUUUCCAACCCGGAGUCGCGCGCGCAGCUGGAGCAGAUGAUGUCGCAGCAGAUGGAGGUGGCGGGGACGCCGGAGAUGAAGGACAUGAUGGCCUCUAUGGACUCGGAGAAAAUGUCCAAGCAGUUUGACGCGCUGGGCAUGACGCCUGAGCAGAUGAUGCAGAAGGUGAUGUCUGACCCCGAGCUGGCGACGAUGAUGACCAAGCCCAAUGUCAUGACAGCGCUGAUGGAGAUGAACAAGAAUCCCAUGGCCAUGUUCAAAUACCAGUCGGACCCAGAGGUGUCCAAGGUGUUUGAGAAGCUGAGCGGCCUGUUCCCCCAGGCGGCAGGUGCCAAGUUUGACUGA